AUGGCGGAAUCAAAGCCAUGGCAAUGUGCUUUGGACCUGAUCCAAACCUCGCGGUAUAACCGCUAUUUCCCCUACUACACUUUAUUUGGAUCCGUUUGGUCUACCCUGAUCGCGGGAUCUCUCAGGCUGAAAGCGGCCGACAGCAGUAUAUCCAUCGAGCACAUUCUCAAGCAAGCUACUCUUUGCGCCAUACACUGUCUCUUACUAUGCGGGGCCGGGAAUACAUGGAAUGACCUGGUGGACCGAGCCAUCGAUGCCAGAGUAGCUCGGACGCAAGCCAGGCCCAUAGCAUCUGGACGAGUGUCCACCCCAAUAGCGUUGGCGUGGAUGGCCAGUCAGUACGCACUGUCUGUGAAUAUUCUAGAUCGAGUUCUAGAUGGGCAGAAGAAUUGGAGUAUCAUGCUUCCGCUCACAGGUAUCAUCAUCAUCUACCCGUGGCUGAAGCGACCUGUCUUUAGCAGGGUCUAUAUCUAUCCGCAGUACAUCCUGGGCCUCGCCCUUGGCUAUCCAGCAAUAACGGGUUGGGCUUCGAUCAACGGACGCGAGCAAUUGGCUGCCGAGAUCGUCGGGCACUGCGCGCCGAUCAUACUCCUCGUCUUCUUCUGGUGUUUCUACUUCAACACUGCUUACAGCUUCCAGGAUGUCGUCGACGACCGCAAGAUGAAGGUCAACUCUGCUUACGUUCUUGCGGGCCGCCACAUCCGACUGUUUCUGUCGGUUCUCUGCAUCUUAACGCUUUUGACGAUCCCGUCUGUCGUAUCAAAAGUUGGCUCCCCCUGGCUAUGGUUCUCCUGGAUGGGAGUUUGGAGCUGUGCCUUGGUAAAACAAAUGCUCCAGUUUGAUUCAGAGAACCCGGCGAGCGGUGGCCGUGUACAUUGGGAGAAUUUCGUCCUAGGUUUGUGGACUGUCUCUGCUUGCAUUGUCGAGGUCUAUCUACAGAGCAGUGGAUUUUGGGUGCCUCUAUAG